CUUCUGCCCUCGAAAUAACCGACACAAUAUCUACUGUUGCCAGCACGCCUCAUACAACGGUUAUGGCGAUGUCGCUUCUCAGCCGUGCAUGGAGGCCGCUCUUCGGUCGCUCGUGGAAGCCGCUUACCUUUCCCAACAAAGGUUUCGUCCCUAUUCCCGUAGACAAGAAGAUCGAAGAGGAGACCCUUCCGGACUAUGUCGCGUCACGAUACUAUCCUGUUCGGAUUGGCGAAACAUUCCGGGAGCGCUAUCAGGUCGUGGGAAAACUGGGGUUUGGAGCCACGUCAACCGUGUGGCUAGCACGGGAUCUAAACCAAUGUCGGCACGUCACUCUCAAGCUUUUCAUCAAUGCUGAGUCUAUGGGGAGUGAGCUGGACAACGAGCUCAACAUUUACAAGCGCAUCGAGAGCACCCCCAAGAACUCCCCAGGCCGCAGUGCCGUCCGACCGCUGCUCGACUCCUUUGAUGUCGAUGGCCCCGAGGGGAAGCACCGGUGCCUCGUGCAUCCACCACUCUGGGAGAGCGUGCUUGAUCUUAGACAUCGCAAUCCCGUGCGGAGGUUACCAAGGCCGGUUGUGGCAUUUGUGCUCAAGCGCCUCUUUCAGGCCCUGGACCUUCUGCACAGAGAGUGCCACGUCGCACACACUGAUAUCAAGGAGGCUAACAUACUGCUUGGAGCAGACGAGUCCGUGCUUAGUGCGUUCGAACAGGAGGAGCUCGAGGAGCCUUGCCCGAGGAAAGAGCUUGAUGGAAGAACUAUCUACCUAUCCCGCGAGUUCAACAUGCCGAAAGAUGUCGGUGCGCCUGUGCUAUGUGACCUCGGCUCGGCCGUGUCACUAGAUGACGGGGCCGAGCACCGGGAAGAUAUCCAGCCUAAUGUCUAUAGAGCUCCAGAAGUCAUCCUGGAUAUUCCGUGGACAUAUAGCGUUGACAUAUGGAAUGUGGGAUGCGUGGUUUGGGACCUCUUCGAAGGCGAGCACCUAUUCACCGGCCACGAUCCGGAACAUGAGACAUACCGGGGGCGUGCCCAUCUCGCUGAGAUGAUAGCUCUUCUUGGGCCUCCUCCGCCGAGUCUACUUGCCCGGGCAAACCUAAGAAACAAAUUCUUUUCUGCUACUGGUGAAUUUUGUGGGGGGAUCCCCAUUCCAGAAUCAGCACCGCUCGAGCAAAGGGAAACAUCUCUCCAGGGAGAAGAUGAAAAAGAAGAAAGGGACUGUUUCCUAAGAUUCAUGCGGAAGAUGCUACGGUGGGAACCGGAAAAGCGCAGCUCCGCCGGUGAGCUGGCAGAGGAUGAGUGGAUACUCAAACAGUCCAGGUGAAUGCGGCUGGGGGCUAGGGACUCGACACGUUGGAUGUGGAGAUUAAAACGGCGGGCUCUUCCGGAGUAGGGCACGUUUCUUGCACUGGUUGUUUUCUGGUCUCAAGGUAUAUGCGAUAAUCACUCGGAAUUCACUGCAUUAAGGGC